GUAUAUGGGGUAGUCGAAGAAAAAUCAAAGAUGCUAGUAUAUUACUACAAAUGCAUCUCAAAUUAGAGUACCUUGAUUUCGCCCAUGUUAUGGCUUUUCGAAAUGAUUCUCUUAUUGCAGCUAUUAUCAGAUCUUCUCCAAAUUUAAAAUAUUUUGAUAUUUCUAGUAACGAUAUCAGAGAUGAGGUUGUUGAAACAGUAGCUAGUACAUGCCAUGAAUUGGAAUAUCUUGAUCUUGGAGGGUGUGGAUUCAUUACUGAACUAUCGCAUCUUGAACUUGGAUUUUGUGACAUUUCCAAUAAAACCAUUAAAGAAAUAGCCUGUUCGUGUCCUAAUUUAAAAUAUCUUGAUUUGGAUGGCUGUAAAAAAAAUGUUAGUAAGAAAGUUGUAAAACGACUUAAUCCGAGUAUACAUAUUGAAAAUUACGAUUCAUCAUAUGAAUGGUCCAAUUCUGAAUCGUCUGAUACUUCUGAUUCUGAUCCGAUGACAACACAAAGAGCGGGGUGA